GCGGCCCCCGCCCGCCCCACAGCACAGCGGGAUCGCGACCCACACGGCAUGGGGGGCCCAGGCAGCCUCCUCCUCCUCCCCCUCCUCCUGCUGGGGGGCGCUGAGUCACGGUCGCACUCCCUGCAGUACUUCCUGACGGCCAUCUCGGAGCCCGGCCCGGGGGUGCCCGAGUUCACUGUGGCCGGCUACGUGGACGGGCAGCGCUUCGUGGAGUACGACGGCGAGGCCCAGCAGAUGCGGCCCCGGGCGCCCUGGAUGCAGGAGACCCAGCCCGAGGUCUGGGAGCGGGAGAACCACGUCCACAAGGUGCGUCAGGCCUGCUUCCGGGGCAAGGUGCGGAGCCACAGGCACCUCUACAACCAGAGCAGGGGCUUUCACAUCUUCCAGUACGCCUACGGCUGCGAGAUCCGGGCCGACGGCAGCACCGGGGGCUUCCGGCGCUUUGGCUACGACGGGGGCGACUUCCUGAUCUACGACGCCACCCGGCACCGCUGGGAGGCUCCCGCCCGGGAGGCCGAGGCCACCCAGCGCCGCUGGAACGGGGACCCGGUCGCCCUGCAGUACUAUCGCCACUUCCUGGAGCGGGAGUGCGUCGAGGCCCUGCAACGCUACCUGCAGCUCGGGCAGGGGGCGCUGGCCAGGCGGGAGCGCCCAACCGUGCGGGUCACCGGCAGAGACGCCCCCGGCGGCCCCACCACCCUCUGCUGCCGGGCCCACGGCUUCUACCCCCGGGACAUCGCCCUGAGCUGGCUGCGACACGGGGGGAGCAGCGAGCGGGAGACGUGGCGAGGGGGGGUCCUGCCCAACGGGGACGGGACCUACCACGCCUGGGCCACGGUGGAGAUCGACCCCCGGGAGAGAGGCCUGUACCGCUGCCGUGUGGAGCACGAGAGCCUGGCCGAGCCGCUCAUCGCCGUGUGGGAGCCGCCGUCCGAGUCGCUGCUGGUCCCGGUGGUGGCGGGCGUGAUCCUGGCUCUGGGGGCGGUUGCCGUGCUGGUCGGCCUGGCCUGGAGGAGGAGGCAGUCAGGGCCCAAGGCGGAUCUGUACUCGCCGGCGCCGGCCAGCGAGCAUGGAUCAGACAGCUCCAUCACCGCUCUAACGUAGCCGGUCGGAGCCGGAGGAGACUCCAGACUGUGAAGACACGGACUGAUCGGGGGGGCUCCAGCCCCCCGGCCCCUCCUCAGCGUUAUCUCCCUGUUACUCCUGGCGUAGGGCCUCGGAGCUGUGCCAGGUGAACAGCCCCACGUCUCCUGAACCUCCCGCCUCCCUGGGACCCACUGCCGGGGCUGCCUGCCCCGUGCUCUGCGUGUCGGACACGCACUGGGCAGCCCCGAUGGGCACGGCCAGCCCCAUUCGCUGCGUGGUUUAUUCAGAGUGUGAGCCCCUCGGGGCAGGGACCGCGGCCUCCUUAUCUCUGGGGUGCACGGAGCCCCCGCCCAGCAGCCACUGGGGGAGGGCCGGGCACGUGGAAAACCGCAAUUUUUGGCCCCAAACUGAACAUUUCUGGCUGAAAACCACCAAAUUCCACGUGCCGAAGCUGCUGCCGUCGCCCGGGGGAGCUGGAGUUUGGGUGCCCCGUGCUCCCACUCGCUGUAGGCCGGGCUCCCUCGGUGCAUCAUGGGAGUCCCUGCAGGUGGGAGCAGUGCGGUCUGGGAGCCAGGACUCCUGGGUCCUAUUCCCAGCUCUGCCGCUGGCUUGCUGUGAGGCCCUGGGUGAUUCCCGUCCCCGCUCUGUGCCUCAGUUUCCCCCUCUUGAAAACAGGGAGAAAACUUUACUUCCUGUCCUGGGGGGGCUUGUGAGGGUGCCUGUUACAGGGCCUUGUCCC